AUGGGCGAUUUUGCAGAGGUCCAGGCCAUCAUAUUGCAGGAGGAGCAGCAGGCGCACGCGCAGCGGCGCGCCGCCGGCCCGGGCGCCGGCAGCAGUGGCAGCGGCGGCGGCGCGCGCCCGCAGCAGCCGCCGUCCGCCGCCGCGCUGCUGGCGCGGCUCCACGACGCGGGCGUGCACCAGGCGUCGCUCUGCCAGCUGGCGGAGGCGUCCAUCGCGCCGGCGCUGUCCGCGGCGCGGCGGCUGGCCGCGCAGGUGGAGGUGCAGCGGCAGCAGCUGGCGGAGGAGGAGCUGCGGCUGCAGGCGCGGUUGCGGGAGCUGGAGGCCGCCGCCCCUGGAGCAGCCGCUGGUGUCGCAGGGGCGGGCGUUGACCUGGCCGCGACAUUGACAUUGCUGGACCUUUGA